CCUUUAACAAGGUGGCACUGUUGUUGAGCUGCUGGGCUAGAGACGGCACAGCCUCAAAGGACGGGAGGCUUUUCCCUUCUAACAGAGAUGACUGUGAGCUGCCGUUGCCCCUGUAGACACAGGAGAUAGGAUCCAUUGGCUUCUUCUCACUGCUACCACUGCUACCGUUAGUGUCAUAAGCCGGUGUAGCCUGCGCUGCUGUUGCUGCCUGUACCACUCCACCGCUGUCGCUGCUGCUCUCCCUGCCUCUGAUCCUUGUGGGCAGAGUGGGAUGGAAGCCCUCGCUGGAAGCCUGUUCAUGGAAAUGCUCUUUGCCGUUGUUUGCGCUGUAGCUCCGUGCUGGUGACAACAUGCCGUUAAAAUGGAAAAGCGGUUCUCCUGUCAGCUGGAAAUUCCCAGUGCAAGUUCUUAAGACAUCCAGGUCCUCACCGCUCUCUCCUGCCUACAUAUCCCUCGUGGAGGACGACGACCCUCACAUGAAAGUGUCGCUGGGGUGUGGUGACAUGGGCAUCUCUGCCCACCUACAGGCUUCCAAAACAGGAAACACUCGCUUCUUCACAAGCAACACACACAGCUCAGUGGUCCUUCAGGGAUUUGACCAGCUGAGGAUAGAGGGAUUACUGUGUGAUGUCACGCUGGUGGCGGGGGACGGAGACGAAGCCUUCCCAGUGCACCGCGCCAUGAUGGCCUCCUCCAGCGACUACUUCAAAGCCAUGUUCACAGGUGGAAUGAAGGAACAGGAUUUGAUGUGUAUCAAGCUUCAUGGUGUCAACCGAAUAGGCCUGAAGAAGAUCAUAGACUUCAUCUACACGGCCAAGCUGUCUCUUAACAUGGAGAACCUGCAGGACACACUGGAGGCAGCCAGCUUCCUCCAGAUCCUCCCGGUGCUAGACUUCUGCAAGGUCUUUCUCAUAUCUGGGGUGUCCCUGGAUAACUGUGUGGAGGUGGGGCGCAUCGCUAACACAUACAACCUCACGGAGGUAGACAAAUACGUUAACAACUUCAUCCUCAAGAACUUCCCCUCGCUGCUGGGCACGGGGGACUUUGUCAAGCUGCCCUUUGAGCGGCUGGCCUUCGUUCUGUCCAGUAACAGUCUGAAGCACUGCAGCGAGCUGGACCUGUUCAAGGCUGCAUGCCGCUGGCUCCGCUAUGAGGACGGACGCAUGGACCACGCCCCCAAGCUCAUGAAGAACAUCCGCUUCCCCCUCAUGAACCCCCAGGAGCUCAUCAACCACGUGCAGACUGUGGACUUUAUGCGCACAGACAACACCUGCGUCAACCUCCUCCUGGAGGCCAGCAACUACCAGAUGAUGCCCUACAUGCAGCCGGUCAUGCAGUCAGAGAGGACGGCCAUCCGCUCAGACAGCGGCCACCUGGUCACCCUGGGCGGCGUCCUGCGCCAGCAGCUGGUGGUCAGUAAGGAGCUGCGUCUCUUUGACGAGAAGGCCCACGAGUGGAAGGCGCUGGCGCCCAUGGAUGCCCCCCGUUACCAGCACGGCAUCGCCGUCAUCGGCAACUUCCUCUUCGUGGUGGGAGGCCAGAGCAACUACGACACCAAAGGCAAGACUGCGGUGGACACGGUGUUCCGGUACGACCCGCGCUACAACAAGUGGAUGCAGGUGGCGUGCCUUAACGAGAAACGCACCUUCUUCCACCUCAGCGCUCUCAAGGGACACCUCUACGCCGUGGGCGGCCGCAACGCAGCCGGAGAGCUGGCCACGGUGGAGUGCUACAACCCCAGGACAAACGAGUGGACGUACGUCGCCAAAAUGAACGAGCCACACUACGGCCACGCAGGGACGGUGUACGGCGGUUACAUGUAUAUUUCAGGGGGAAUCACUCACGACACAUUUCAGAAAGAGCUGAUGUGCUUUGACCCAGAUGCAGACAAAUGGACUCAGAAAGCGCCCAUGACCACGGUGCGUGGCCUGCACUGUAUGUGCACGGUGGGCGACCGCCUCUACGUCAUUGGGGGGAAUCACUUCCGGGGCACCAGCGACUACGAUGACGUGUUAAGCUGUGAGUACUACUCCCCGGCCCUGGACCUGUGGACGCCCAUCGCCGCCAUGCUGCGGGGCCAGAGCGACGUGGGUGUGGCCGUGUUCGAGAACAAGAUCUACGUGGUGGGUGGCUACUCAUGGAACAACCGCUGUAUGGUGGAGAUAGUGCAGAAGUACGACCCGGAGAAGGACGAGUGGCACAAAGUGUUUGACCUGCCUGAGUCGCUGGGCGGGAUCAGAGCCUGCACACUGACCGUGUUUCCUCCAGAGGACUUGAUGGGCUCCCCCUCCAGAGAGUCACCCCUCUCAGCACCUUGAAGAACAGGGGGGGGAGCCCACCCCGCUCCUCUCACACCCCCACAACCCCCAACACCCUAUAGACAUUGUUUGCACUUCUUCUUUGGACUACAUCUGUACUGCAUCCCGAUACACCCCUUCCUCCCUAGUGAUGAAAUCUACAUCCCGAUACACCCCUUCCUCCCCCAAAGCUGUGCAGAACCCCCCUCCCUAGUGAUGAAAUCUACAUACCGAUAUGGUUUGGCAACCUAAUUACAUGUUAAUGUUACAUAUUCGGUAUAUUUUGGCAGGAAAUACCUUGACUUGAAGAGUGACUUUGCAAUUCAACUUUUCUACCUGAUGUCUUUGAAGUUUUAUUACAUCCUUUUUCUUUAGACGUUUUAGCGGGUAAAAACCAUGCUGUUGGUUACCAUACUGACUCUGUUUUAGUCUGCCAAGUUAGGGCCAGUUGACACCCAGCGCAGCAGGAUAGGGGCAGCUGAGCUCCACACAGAGAGAGUUUUAAACUCAGGGGUCGGCCCACCCCCCCCCUCCCUCUUUCAGUUUCAGUUCUUUCCUGCUAUUGCUAUGAAACCGUUAACAAAAUUGUGUUUUCUAAAUUUAAUAAACAAGAUUUUGAAAAAAGAAUGGUGUCUCCCCAAAGUAUCUUGCCAUUUACUUAGGCACAUGGUUUGCGCGUUCUCUUUUUUUAUUGAGCUUAACAUCAACUAUCUGUUUUAGAACCUCCUGGAAAGUGUAUUUUCCCCAUUAAAAACACUGACGCGUU